GGGCGAUUAGAGCCGCGCAUGCGCAGUGAGUCGCGAGCCGUGACAUCUUGAGCCGCGGCACGAGGGUGAGAGGGGAGACGCGGAAAGAAGUCGGACAAGACUGCGGCUGUGCAUCAGCGAUGGAGGGAGACGACUGGGAGACGGAGUGCAAGGACAUGCGCGCAGAGGCCGACGCCAUCAUCAACGAUGUGGUGUUCGCUGUGCGCGCCAUGGCGCUGUCACGAACGCUGCCCAGUUCCGAGUACCUUGCCUACAUCAACGUGGAGACCAAGGAGGGGCAACGCUACUGUGUGGAGCUGUCGGACAUGGGCCUCAAGAUCGUGUCUCACGCCUUUGACCUGGUGGACGACAGCUUUGAUGGGCAGCCCCACGAGACAAUCUACUCCCUGCUCGACACGGUGAGCCCAGCGUACCGGCAGGCGUUCAGCGCCGCCCUGUUUCACCGCCUCGAAGCCCUGCAGCAGGAGCAGCAGGCACAGCAGGCGGACCUAUAAGGGUGUACAUGCGUGUGGCGAAUGCGUAGAUUUGUGGGGGAUGAUCUUUAGAAAAUGCACAGGGGGCCGAGCCAAGUUGACACUGAGAGAGAUGUUUAACCAAACACACAGAAGGCUAGGGCCGCCGUAGUGUUUUUACGACGGAGAUCCAUUUGUAAACUCGUAUUACUUAAGGCCGACGCUGUAAUAAAAAAUGCUAGUGUAGUGUUUAAACAAAUUGGAAAUGUUUACCAUCGUGAAAGUAAACACGGUUAUUUAAUGCAGAAUCACACAGUGCAGUUUACUUAUGGGUUAUUUAAUGAAAAGCACACUUACAAAUGCAGUAUAAGCACAUGAAAACCAUCAGUACACAUUCAACAUUCUGUCAUCCAGUAUAAGUUUGAAGUAUACUUUUAACAUGUAAUGUUUUAUACCGCUACAAUCGUUUUGCAUAAGCCGUACAUAACUUUGCAGUGAAGAUUUCUUCUGUGGCUUCGCAUAUUAAAAAGAAUGUGGAAAAAUGUGUAUGCAAUCAGGUUUGAAAUAAUGCAGAAUAUGUAUCAAUUGUACCAUGGCAUGAGUACAUUUUCAUGAUUCUGCUUUGGAAAUGCCCAGAGCCUUCAUUGCUUGACAUUUAGCCACCCUUUUCAUGCUAACAGUAGUUUCUUAAGAGUUAAUCCACACACCUUGUAAGCGUGCAUGCAUUCGUCACGCCCACAUACCUUUCGGUGAGGGUCAGCUUUGCAAAUGUGCAUCGGACUUGCUCAGCCUGUUUGUGUACUACAGACGAAGCAUGGCUUUGCACUUCACACUGACAUGAAUGAAAUGAUACUGUGCUGGACAUGCCCUUGCAAUUGCAUUUGCAUGGUUUACAUAUGCGAGGGUACGUACGUGUGUCGCUACUCGCCUUAACCGAGUAAAAUUGUUUGCACGAUCCGUUUGGCUGCAGGGUUCUGUGGUCUACUCAUGCGUACAAGCAGUGAAAUAAUUAUUAUAAGUUACAGCUAUUUGUCAAGCCACUACGUGUCAUGUAAGUCAUGGCAGUUGUUGGAUAAUACUUCCCCACACUGGUCACUACGGAUUGAAGGAUGGCCAGGAACCGGUUCGGAUAUCAUUCACCAAAGAUGUUAACCGUGGCCAGGAAUUGACAUCAGGUUGUUCGAUUCUUAGCGCGACGUGCUAACUACUGCACCACCACUAUCUCCCACCUCCGCUCCUGAAUAUGUAUCUUAAUGUUAAUAACCGAAGUCUUUUCACACCACUUCUGGUGUGCAACAGAAUUGAUGUGGCCUCAAUCACAGCAGCCAACUGGUAAGGAACGCAGGAACUCGUUGUUCAAGGGAUCCGUUGUCAUUAUUUACAGCGGCAAUAUCCCACUUUCUCAAACUCAUCAGCUAAUCUAACAUUACUCGUGAUGAUUUGAUUAAAACUACCUCGAGUAUUGCUUCGAGAGUGCUUUUAAGGUCGGGUUUUUUUCGAAACGUCGGUCUUCCCAACCAACCAUGGCCACCUUUGCACGUUUACCAAUCCUCUUCGUUCAAUAAAAAAAUAAUUACACGUUGCAUGCGCAUGAUGGUAAAGAAACAUGUUCCACCACAUUGUUGAUAAUGCUGAUUAAACCAAGACCAUGCUUGUCCCAUACUAUUCAAAUUAAGCGAGAGGUCUUGUGUGUGCACCCCAUGUAAUGUUGAGGGCAAGUGAAAGAGAUCUGAUGAUUGACAUUCACCUGAUGGUUGGUGUUAUCAACGAUUGGUACCACCAAUUAUCAACCACGUGGAGUUCAUAUCGACUUGUUCUUGAAUGGAGACGACUGGCAAGCAUGUGAAGGUGGAUUGUGGUGGGGUUGCAAGGACCGGAAUCGGAAACACCCCAAUAGAUCAUGCAAUUUGACCCCAGUGCUAUGAAGGAAAACUAUUGAAUGUGCUUGCUCAGUAAACUUUAGGAGUUAAAUACUGAUCUACGAUUUGGACGUGGGGCAUACCUUGUGGAGCAUUGCUUCAUGGACAUAGACGUUAACAUAACAUGGAGGCCUUGCUUGCAAUGUCAGAGCACUCCACUGGGAGUGAAACGUACGCCUUGCAUCAUCACUGUCGUAUUUUGAAAGAUGUCCAGCUUUUUUAAGGUGCUGUAUUUUCAUAUGGUUGUUAUUUUGAAUGUACUGUAUUUUUGUAAACAUAACAAUCUUCAUCUUUAUUAAAGCAGUUAUCGAAAUCUUAUUUAACGGGAUGGGGAGGGGAGAUAAAACAUGUAACAUCCAAAUUUGUGACAAGUUUAAUGUAAAAAAUUAAAGGAUUAUGCUGGACAGUAAUUACAAAGGGUACUGAAUUUUACAUGAUUCGUUUAUGUAAAAUAAAUAUUUCCAGUACACUUCUGAGCUCGCGAAUGUAAUUGCUUUGAUUAAAAUCAGAAAUAAGGAUGUGUACUUGUUAAUUUAGUUCUGAGGGAAUAACUGAAAAAAUAAAAAAACUGAACUUG